GAAGAAGAAGAACGCGCCUGCGCAUGCGCAAACCUGUAAGGUCUAGCUAUCUUUUCAAGAUGGCAGACCUUCUGGGUUCUAUCUUAAAUUCGAUGGAGAAACCUCCAACUGUCGGCGACCAAGAAAGCCGACGAAAGGCACGAGAACAAGCUGCAAGAUUUAAGAAAAUGGAAGAGUUGGAGAAAAGAAAGAAAGCAGAGUUUAGGAAGAAGAUGGAGAAGGAGGUGUCCGACUUCAUCCAGGACAGUUCACAGCAAAAACGAAAAUACAAUCCAAUGGGAAAGAUUGAACGAAGUAUUUUACAUGACGUUGCAGAAGUGGCCGGUCUGACUUCAUUCUCUUUUGGGGAGGAUGAGGAGAGCCGCUAUGUUAUGUUGUUUAAAAAGGAGUUCGCUCCGUCAGACGAAGAGCUGGAAGCUUAUCGCAAAGGAGAAAAGUGGGAUCCCAAAGUGGCAGAACAGCGACGCAGACUAAAAGAACAGGCUGUGCUGGAAGAAGCUGCUUCUCCUCAGACAGAAAAGACACAAGCAUGUCCCAACUCCAACUACAGAGACAAGUACAGCCACCUGAUCGGCACUUCGGCCGCUAAAGACGCCGCUCACACGCUUGAGGCUAACAGGACGUACGGCUGUGUGCCGGUGGCCAACAAACGGGACACUCGCUCCAUCGAGGAGGCGAUGAACGAAAUCAGAGCGAAGAAACGACAGAAACGGGAGGACGACCCGGGGGCACCAAGCGGCGGCGCCUGCUCUUGAAUCUCCACCGGUUGUUUCUCCUGCUGCUGUGUGAGACACGUCGGUGUCCGUCUUCAUCGCCACGUAUUUAAGUCUAACUUAUAGGCUGACAGGCCUUUAACCUGUGGACUCAAACUGCUCUGAAGUCUGAAGACGCUCAGGCGGGUCAGAACCCAGGAGGUCCGUUUUUAUUUAUGUUUGUUCAACGUUUGCCUGCAGGAAUGAUUCAGUCGUCGAGUCGGAACCAUAGCAGUAUAACGAAAAGCUUUAUUCUGAGCACCGAGGCCCGUCUGGAUCCUUUUCUGCACAGGAAAACGUUUUAACAUCUAUCUCUUAAAAAAACUGACCGGUCACCAAAACGCUGCCGCUCUACCACCGCUCUUUGGUUGAUUAAAAUUUUACUUAAUUUUGAGCCUUUGCAAAUCUAAAAGCAUGUUCAGUAGAGGAAACCAAAUUUGAAAAAUACAAUAAUUUUAAUAUUUUUACUCUCGACAGAUUUGGCUUUGUUGCUACUGACAGUUGUUUUAUUUGCUAUUUUUUUAUUUUUCUUUAAGCCACCUGAAGGCUCAUUAAAUAUAUCAUACUACUUCUAUGUAGUAUGGGUUGUUUUUAGGUAAAUCGUAAGUGUUUUUUGCUGUUUUUAUUUUUGUCUGUUUCU